AUGGAUACAAAACCAAGCCCUGUGAAUGUGGAGCAUGAUCCAGCAAUCAAGAAGAAGAAGAAACCGCAACAACGAAAGUUGUUUGUCAAGGUAAUAGACAAAGUAGUUACAGAACCAAUCAAACAAAGUACCAAUGAUAAUGAGGACACUACUCCAUCAUCCUCCAAAAUAACAUCAUCGAAUAAUCCAAAUAAUAGCAAACUCAGCAAAAACACAUCAACUCUAGUUCCUUCCAAUCAAAUCAAAAAGGAGGAGAGAAGAAAAAAGUUUGCAACUUCAAAUCACCAACAAAAUGGAGCAUUCACAAGCAAAUUGUCUUCACCAACCAUCAUUAACCAAGUUGAAAACAAACAACAAUAUGUUUCACAAGAAAACCCACCAAAACAACUUUUAGAAAAUAAUUUAAAAAAAAAGAAAAAUAAGAAAGCAAAGCUUGUUCAACAACCAAAAUUAAAACAACAGGAAAAUGCAGCACAAAAUAGUAGUACUAUACAACCACAACAGCAAAAAACUACACGUGUCGUCAAACAAGAUAGUAAUGAAAAAUUAAAGAAUUUGAUUGAUACCAAGAUAGUACAGGCUUUGAAUGUGCUAAAGGAAAAGGAAGAGGAAAUUAACAAAAGCAAACAUCAUCUUAAUGCUGAAAUGAACUUGAAGGAUUUUAAGAACAAAAUCAAUUUCUUUAAAAAGAAAAGAAUAAUUAGAAAGGAAUGUAUUUCAAAAGAACAACUUUUGAAAGAAAGUAUAAUUGAAAGCCAAUAUCAAAACCUUGCCUAUUUUGACGGAUAUUUGCCAAAUAUGACAAAAGUGUAUUACAUUCCCUCUCUAAAGCAACGAGCAUUUAUACAUAACUCAUCUCAUCAAUUUUUGGGAGAUCCUAAACCUUUCAUACUAUUUUCAGAUCUAGUUAGAACUGACAAGCUCUAUAUGAGGAAUAUUACACCAAUUGAUUUGAAGGAAAUACUUCAUUUUUAUCCACAACUAGAAACCAAUAUGAUUGUCAGUAAAGUUAAAGAAGAACUCAGAGUGAAAUUACCUUCAAUAGUUAGUGAAGAUUUAAAAUUUAGAAACACAGAAUUCAUUGAAGAAGUUGAAAGACAGUUAGGGCAUGUAAUAGAAAUUGAUUCAACAGAUUCUUCAAUUAAGGUCUACUGUGAUCAAGGCGAAAGAUUUAACAUUAUUUCUCAAAUUAAGGAAGUAAUAGAAAUAGCAAAAAAGAGGGCUUUAUCUCAAAUUUUAGAAUUGGAAAUUGAAAAUGGAUUGGAUGAUGAUUCGAGUGGAUUACGAAUCAUGGUAUCAAGUGGUUGUAAAGUGAAAGGAUUAAUAUUCCCAAACGAGUUUACUAAACUUCAGGUCGAUAAUCUACCAUUAGGUUGUGAUGACGAUACUUUAAGAAACUUGUUUCUACCAUACCAUACACUUGAUGCACGUGUUUAUUCCUCUUUACCUAAUGAUUCAUUUGCUAGUGGCUACGUAGUAUUUACAAACUUUUCUGUUGCAACUACAGUUUAUCACAAAUUCAAAGAAACUUACAAAUUAACUCCUGUUCUAUUUAACACCAAAAGUAGUAAUGAAUCUGCGUUGGUUCGAUUAAAAUGGAAUAUAGGCCCAAAUAACGGAUAUUGCUUGAUUGGUUUUAAAAAUGGGAAUAAUUCUGCCACUAUUAAUAAUAUUACGCAUGAUAGAAUAUUUUCAUCACAAUUAGGACCAGCUGGACUCAGAUUCCAGAUUAAAAAAACGAAGAACAAGGACACUCUUGAGAUACGCAAUAUUUACGACCAUAUCGAUGCAAAAUUUGUUAAAGUAUUACUGGAUAAUAGACAUAUUGAUUAUCAUUUCGUCUCUAUUCUAAGACGUCCAGUUGUAGUAGAGAAUGAUUUAAUCCAAGGAGUAUUACUUUCUAAAGUUCAAUCAUUCCAGAGUCUUGAAUUUCUGGACAUUUUGAAUAUAGAUACGUAUAAACAAUUUGGAGAAGCUUUGGUUUGUUUUACUGAUCAAAAAGAUGCUAAAAGCGCUGCACAAGCUCUAAAUUCCACAAAAUUUAUGGGAGCAAUUUUAUGGGCCAAUUCUAUUCACAGAGAUUCAGUUACAGUACCAACAGAAGUAACUGAACUUUUGAAAUUUGAAUUACAAUGCUUGAUUGAUAACUGUAAGGCAAAAAUCAAAUAUAAUACUUCGCGCAAAAAUGCAGAAAAUUACAAAACUGAAAUUUCGAUUCAAUCUGCUAACCUGGAAGAUUUUAAUGAAGCCAAAAAGAAUGUUGUUGCCCUUGUGAAGCCAUUAUCAUUACACCUCACUCAUCAAACAAUCCAAUACGCUUCUAGAAAAAGAAAGCAACUUGACCAAAUUGAAAACAGGAAUCAAGUAUUUAUUUCUAUAAACUCCAAGACCAGAACAAUAGAAAUUUUUGGAUUGAUUGAUGACAAACACAACGCCAAAGAGGAAAUCAUGCAGCUUGUGGAAGGUCACUCUAAAACUUUAACGAUUCAUCUCAAAUAUUUAAAAUCCAUAACAGGAAAUGCAGGAAAACCAUUCCAAGAGCUUAAAACACAGUUUGCUAAUUGUGAUAUUUCUUUAAAUGUCAAAACCAAGGAAUUAAUAGUGGAUGGUAACGAAAAGGACCAACAUGCUAUUCAACAAUAUGUGACUGAAUUGAUGGAAAAUUAUGAACAAAACCAUAACGUUGAACACACUGAUGACGAUUGCCCAAUUUGUUUUGAGAGAAUGACAAAUCCUUUCAGAACAAUAGGAUGUAACCACGAGAUUUGCAAAGAUUGUUUUCGUUUUCAAAUUCAAAAUCCAAAUAGCUUUGUUUGUUCAUGUUGUGAAAUGGAUUUAUCCAUUUCUGAAAUAUUGAUGUACCUCGAAACCAAACAAGAGAAGACAUAUACAAAAGCAUUAGAGGACUUUUUGCUAGAAAAUCCAGAAUCAUACAAGUAUUGCCCAAAAAAUUGUGGAUCUGUUUGUCGAAUUGAUGGUUCAGACAUUAUUUGCCAAACCUGUAACUUGAGUUUUUGUAAGGAAUGUGAAAAGAAAUCACACAAGGGACAAAAAUGUGGAGACGAGGACAAAACAAGAGAGUGGAUGAAUACCAAAACAAAGCCAUGCCCAAGUUGUUCCCAACGAAUUGAAAAGAGUGAAGGAUGCAAUCAUAUGAGAUUUGCAACAGGACAAGCAACUUAUGCACAUUUUAGAGCUGGUUCUUGCCUUACUUUUGAUGUUCCUCCUGAAAUUAUUCGUCCAAGACAAGUAAAUCCUCCUGUGAAUAAUCAAAUACCUCUUCAAUUAAUUCCGCAACCAAACCCUCAACCAGUGCCAGCCAGAAUAAGGCCUCUCAUUAUUCCUCCACAACCACAACAACUACAGCAACCACAACCAAACAAUCCGCAACCACAGCCACCUCAAAGGCAAGGAUUAUUGAACUGCCUUGUCAUGUAA